ACUCUAUAUAAGGGACACUCUUCCACCAUACAAGUGCAAGCUAAGUGAUUCUACCCAACAAAAAUAGUAGAAGCUAAUCGAUUUAGAGCUUACCUUAACAGAUUGGCUACAUACAUGGCUCUCUCUUCAAAAUGGGUGUCCUUGCUCAUCUUUUUUCUCUGCAUUGCCCUCCAUUUGAGUGCUCUGGCUCUUGCCGACAACCAAAUUGACAAGACAAGGUUCCAGGAUGAUGACUGUAGAUGGAAUCCACGAAGAUGCGGACGAUUUGGUGGUCGUGGUCCUCGUUUUGGCCGUGGAAGAGGUGGAGGCAUUGGAGGGGGUGGAGGCUUUGGUGGGGGAGGAGGUGGUGGUGUGGGAGGUGGUGCAGGUAGCGGUGGGGGCUUUGGUGGUGGAGCUGGUGGUGGUGUAGGUGGUGGUGCUGGAGGAGGUGUGGGUGGUGGUGGUGGAUUUGGUGGAGGUGGUGGAGGGGGUGUUGGUGGAGGUUCUGGUCAUGGUGGGGGCUUUGGUGCUGGGGGCGGAGUAGGUGGUGGUCUAGGAGGUGGUGCUGGAGGAGGAGGAGGUGGUGGUGGCGGAGGAGGGGGUGGUGGUGGUGGAGGACUUGGUGGUGGUUCAGGUCAUGGUGGGGGCUUUGGAGCUGGAGGUGGUGUAGGUGGUGGUCUAGGAGGUGGUGCUGGAGGAGGUGGUGGAGGAGGAGGAGGAGGUGGUGGAGGUGGAGGAGGACUUGGCGGUGGUUCUGGUCAUGGAGGAGGCUUUGGAGCUGGUGGUGGUGUAGGUGGUGGUCUUGGAGGCGGUGCUGGAGGAGGAGGAGGAGGAGGUGGUGGUGGUGGUUUAGGAGGAGGAUCCGGUCAUGGUAGUGGAUUCGGUGCUGGUGGGGGGGUAGGUGGAGGAGCUGGUGGAGGUCUUGGUGGUGGCCACGGGGGUGGAGGAGGUCUUGGUGGCGGACAUGGUGGUGGUGGAGGAUUUGGUGUUGGUAUUGGAAUAGGCAUUGGCGUUGGUACAGGAGCUGGUCAUGGGUCAGGCAGCGGUUCUGGAAGCGGCGGCGGAGGUGGCGGGAGGUGA